CCACAAGCAGUAGUCACAUGACACGUUUCCUGUAAAGAUGGCGAAUAAUCUCCCUUCGGAAUUUGAUGUGAUCGUAAUAGGGACGGGUUUGCCUGAAUCCGUCAUUGCAGCUGCAUGUUCAAGAAGUGGCCAGAGGGUUCUGCAUGUUGAUUCACGAAGCUACUAUGGAGGAAACUGGGCCAGUUUUAGCUUUUCAGGGCUGUUGUCCUGGCUAAAGGAACACCAGGAAAGCAGCGACGCUGUGAAUGAAAGCCCGACAUGGCAAGAGCAGAUUCUUGAAAAUGAAGAAGCCAUUGCUCUUAGCAAGAAGGACAGAACCAUUCAACAUGUGGAAGUGUUUUGUUAUGCCAGUCAGGAUUUACAUGAAGAUGUUGAAGAAGCUGGUGCACUGCAGAAAAAUCGCGCUCCUCUGACAGCUGUGAACCCCACAGAAGCUGCAGAUUCUGUUUUCCUGCCUAAAGAAGAUGAGUCAUUAAGCACUGUGAGCUGUGAAAUACCUGCAGAACAGCCCCCAAGCAGUAAUCCAGAGAGUGCCCCAGAAGUAAAUGACGUUGAAGCAGUAGAGGAGAAAGAAAAUGAUGGUAAUGAUAAAACUUGUGUACAGGCAACUUCAGAAAAGGAAACAGGUGAAAAUGUGCCUACAGCAGAGAACACUGCAGAGCAACCAAAGAAAAAUAGGAUUACUUACUCGCAAAUUGUUAAAGAAGGCAGGAGAUUUAAUAUUGAUUUGGUGUCAAAGCUGCUGUAUUCUCGAGGAUUGCUAAUUGAACUUCUAAUCAAAUCAAAUGUUAGUCGGUAUGCAGAGUUCAAAAAUGUUACCAGGAUUCUUGCAUUUCGAGAUGGAAGAGUGGAACAGGUUCCUUGUUCCAGAGCAGAUGUCUUUAAUAGCAAGCAACUUACCAUGGUAGAAAAGCGAAUGCUAAUGAAAUUUCUUACAUUUUGUAUGGAUUAUGAGGAACACCCUGAUGAAUAUAAAGCUUAUGAGGAGAUGACAUUUUCUGAAUAUUUAAAAACUCAAAAAUUAACCCCCAACCUCCAGUAUUUUGUCCUGCAUUCAAUUGCAAUGACAUCAGAGGCAACCAGCACUACCAUAGAUGGUCUCAAAGCUACCAAAAACUUCCUUCGUUGUCUUGGGCGAUAUGGCAACACUCCAUUUUUGUUUCCUUUAUAUGGCCAAGGAGAACUUCCCCAGUGUUUCUGCAGGAUGUGUGCCGUGUUUGGUGGAAUAUAUUGUCUUCACCAUUCAGUACAGUGCCUUGUAGUGGACAAAGACUCUGGAAAAUGUAAAGCAAUCAUAGAUCAGUUUGGCCAGAGAAUAAUCUCUAAGCAUUUCAUUGUGGAGGACAGUUAUUUUUCUGAGAAAACAUGCUCAAAUGUUCAAUACAGGCAGAUCUCCAGGGCAGUCCUGAUUACAGAUAGAUCUGUACUAAAAGCAGAUUCAGAUCAACAGAUUUCCAUUUUGACAGUACCAGCAUCAAAACCAGGAACUUUUGCUGUUCGGGUCAUCGAGUUAUGUUCUUCAACUAUGACAUGCAUGAAAGGCACCUAUUUGGUUCAUUUGACUUGUACAUCUUCUAAAACAGCAAGAGAAGAUUUAGAACCAGUUGUACAGGAAUUGUUUACUCCAUAUACCGAAACGGAGAUAGAAAAUGACGAAGGUAAAAAGCCAAGACUGCUGUGGGCCCUUUACUUCAAUAUGAGAGAUUCUUCAGACAUCAGCAGGAACUCUUACAAUGAUUUAUCAUCCAACAUUUACAUCUGCUCUGGCCCAGACUGUGGUUUAGGAAAUGAUAACGCAGUCAAACAGGCUGAAGCACUUUUCCAGCAAAUCUGCCCCAAUGAAGACUUCUGUCCUCCUCCACCAAACCCUGAAGACAUUGUCCUUGAUGGAGACAGCUUGCAACCAGAGCCUUCGGAAUCCAGCUCCAUACUACAGACAAACUCAGAGACUCCCAAGGAAAGCCCAUACCUGGGAAACCAAGAGGAGCCCUCUGAAUAACGAAUAUACACCAAACUGGGUACCCCACUUUGGAAAUUCCCCCUGACUUCAGAGACUUCUUGAUGGAAGAACUGUUUGAAAAAAAUGUUAGAAAAGUAACAGCCAGUUAAUGUGCAGAAUUACAAACAGGGAAGUCAUAGGAAUCCAGAGGGGGAUUUUCCUUAAAGAGGACAUUCCAGGAACACAAAACACGUGUAAAGCACAUUGACUUGCCUGCUUUAAGUUGUCAAACCUUUGGGAUUAGCAUAUGAAGAUUAUAAAUGCAUUGACUGCCAGGAGUACAGCUAUGAUUAUGGAAGUGGUCCUACGCAUUGUUAAUAAUUCUGUGGUUUUAGGACAACUUUUGCUUGCCACUUUGGAUAUUUGUUGAAAAGUCACAUCUUCAGAAUCAGCUCAGAAAUUUCCUUUAUUUUUUAGAAUUCUAUUUUCUUUUUUCUGUAUUGUUUUAUUAUCUAGUGCGCUAUAACAAAUAGCACAAGUGGGUGGCUUUAAAAAAGAGAAAUGUAUUUUCUCACAGUUUAGAAGGCUAGAAGUCCAAAAUCCAGUCACUGACUCUAGGGGGAGGCUUUCUCCCUCUGUGGGCUCUGGGGGAAGGUCCUUGUCUCUUCAGCUUCUGUUCGUUUGCUCCUUGGUGAUCUUCAUGUGGCAUGGCAUCUCUCUUCCCCCAUCUCUGUUUGCUGGCUUGCUUGUUUAAUCUCUUUUGUAUCUCAAAAGAUUUAGUACUGGCUGUGCUAUUGAUAAUAUUAGGGAAAUUGUAACUCCUGAGCCUCAGUUUCUCCAUAUGUAAAGUGGAAAUAGUAAUAAUACCUUUCCUAAUGUUGAAAAUGAUUAUAAAAUUAAAUGCAAUGCCAUACUUAGAAUGGUUUUUCUAGAAGAAAAAUUAUUUAGAAUCCUUCCAUUGACUUGGGAAUGAAUGUCAAAUCUCUCAUGCAGCAAAUAAUUGUUUUCUGGUAACUCCUUGACAAGAUAAAUUGUUGUGUUUUUACAUAUGCCCAGUAUUAAUAAGCUUUUCAAAUGAAAAUUUGUUUCUUAAAUUAGAAUCUUACGCUCUUGCAGACCAGUAAACAUAGUAACAUGUGGAAUCGUGGCUUUGAAAUCCUACUAAGAAAAGCAUGAUAAAUUCUUCAUAUUCCUUUAUUGAUAGGUAAACCUGAAACCACCAAGGACACCGAAUAGAGUUUGACAAUUCAUAAACCCUAAUAUGCAGUGAAUAUGAAGGUUUUAGGGCUGUACAUAGGCAGCAAACCCAGUUACAGCAACAGUGCUUUAUUAAACAUUUUCCAGAUGCCAAGAUCUGAUGAUCUACUUUUUGUGAGCAAUAGUUUAGACUUGAAAAUUUUAGUCCAAAAAACUCAAGAGUUUAUUUUCAUGCAGUCUGGCCUAUAUUGCCUGUCAAAGAGCCAUGAUUACAGUGGUAAUCAGGUAGUUCUUACUCAUAACUUCAGCGGCAGCUGGUGCCUGACCUCCAGGUUUCAGGGAGGAUCUUAAAGGAAGUUAACUCUGGCAGGUCACAGAUUCAUGGGAAAUGGGAAGAACCAAGAAAUGUAGCUUUUGCCUCACCUUUCCAACCCCUGUGGUUACAGCUCAAUCCAGGAGAAAGGAGAAACUUCCCGGCCAGCCCCUCAGGCUGCUCCUAACUCCUCCUCCCAGUGUAGAGCCUCUCCCCAUCUCCUUUUAGUCCCCUCUUUCCCUCUUCCCCUUUUAUGUCAUAUAAAUCAGGGACAGUAGAAUAUCAUUAUUAACCUAUAUUGUUAUAUGGAUUCAUAUCUUUAUUAAGUCAAAUCAUGUUUCCUGAAACCCAACUACCACAUGCCUAAUACACCCCUAAAAGUACCAGUAUUGGUCUUGCACCCUCAGUACCAGCAAUAUAAAGGGAUCCACUAUAUGAGGGUAUUGAGUCUGAAUAUAGUUGCAGUAAAUUGCACAAAUUAAAAUAUUGUUCUUUGUUAUACUCUUAGAGUUAAGGCCUUUUAAAUGCAGCAUGCACAUUUAUGUAAACAACUUAUCAGGGUAGGACCAGAAUAACUAGGAAAAUUCUGCUGAUCUUACCACUGCUAUCUGUAAGUAGAACAAUGAGGGCGGUAUUUUGUGGCUUUAUGCCCUGCCCAUAUUGUACUCUGUUUCAGCCAUUAUCCGACAUCAGAAUCUCUUCCAGAUUGUUUGUGAAAUACCGUUGAAAUGUUUUUUUUAAAAAAAGCUCUUGAAUAUGAUUAUAAUGUUAAACUACAGUUAAAAAACCUUGUGUUAGGUAACUUAAGAUCCUUCCUGUUACCUCAGAAUGUAAUAGAAAUUAUUCUAAGUAAGAGCUUUAAAAAAAUUAUCUUAAUUACUGCACAUCAAUAGGUGUUUUCAUAAUUUUAAGUAACAAAACAAAACAACUUGGUUUUGUCGUAAAACCUUAAGCUUGAAAUCUUGUGAGUAAAAUUAAUAUCCUGUACUUGAUGCAAACAUUUCAGUGGCUUAUUUAAAAUUUUGAAAAUUGCUGUUAUCGUAUGUUUAAAAUGUUUAGUUAUGCAUGCUUCUUACUAACCAAAAAUGAGAAUGCCAUUCACCUUAGUGAUCACUAUGAAAACUAAUUACUAAUCCUACAUUGCUACUGUAUUUUUUUUCUAGUUGAUGUGCCUGCCCAGUAAAACAGAUGUAUACUGUAAUGGUCGACUUAUAUAUUUUUCUAUAGGAAAACUAACAGAGUUUCAAUUUUUUCCGAUCGCCUGUAGUAUUUAGUUGUCCGUAGGAAAAUGGCCACAUUAGUAGUUAACUUGUAGCAUGGGCAUAGUUUAUGAGAUUGGCACCCCUUUGUCUAAAGUAAUGGCCAUGUUAAUGAUUAACUUCUGUCACUGUGGUCAUAGUUUCCAAGAUUGGCAGCCCUUUAUUUAAAGUCCAAAAGACCUUAAAAAAAAAAUUAGUUGAAAUUUGAAUGCUAAAUAGUAGUGAUCCUUUAAAACAGGAAUUAUUCAAUUUUCUUGCAAAUGAGUUAUUUACUGCUGUUGGUAAUGAAUUAAUUUGUCUCUUUAUCCUCAGUUUUCUCCUAUGUAUUUCAAAAAGCAUGAAUAUAUGAUAAUUCAUAAUUUUCACACUGUAACAGUAAGUGUUCAGAGGAAAUAAAAGUUUGUUCUCAAUGCCUUUCCGGCAUCGUAUCCUAUUUUCUUUAAUAUUCAGUUUGUAUAUAUGCCAAGAAAUUAAAGAUUGUCUUGGAACUGAUUUUUUUUUUAGUCUGUUAUUUAAGUACAUAGUUAAUUGUCCAACUGCACACUUGGUUUUGUUGCCAGAUAUCUGUCAACUGUGUCGGGUUUGUGGGAAGGGCAAUCAAAUGAUACAUGAGCAUGAUUUACUUAGUGGACUCUUCUAGAUUCCAAUGUUGAUGUCAGUAUCAAACAAAGGUGGAUGGGGCCUUAUUCUGUUUGAAAUCAGUGCUAUAGAGACUGUGAGGCAUGGGAUAUGACUUUACAGUACAUUGAUUGCCUACAAACGGUUUUCACGUCUCAGUGGAUGAGAAUGUGAGGAAUAUGAAAUGUUUUUCAUAUGGUGAAUGAGAACCUGAAAUGUAGAUUUUCUCUUUGGUGAUUGAGACCCCAACAGCUUGCUUGCAAUAGACAAGAGAGUGUUGAUGUUAUUUUUAUACAGAAAUCGUUUAUUAAAAUACGAUUUGUUCUUGAAUCAAAUAAUUAAAGAAGAGUGAGGUUUUCUGUCAACUCCAAGUAGUUUCUA